AAUAUCCACGCCUAGUUAUCGCUCAAACGGCUAACCUCCUUUUGACUGACUUCACAACCCCAUCUUGACUCGGCUGGUUGACCAGCCCAAACCAGCCAGGCAUCUCUUGUCACCUUUCCACCCUCAUCAUCACUUCAUAAAUCUCUCUCCAAGAUCACCCUUCAAUCCGCCCGGUGACCAUGGCACCCGCCAUCAUCACCACCCUCCGCAACCUCGUCACCACCGACAGUGAUGUCUCGGCCCUGGGCCCACUAGCGGCCCGCUCCCUUCUCCUCGGCCGCGACGGCGACGACAAGGGCAACGCGGAUGACCCGCCCUCGGGCGUGAUCGACCCGCACAGCAUCAACAACAAGAUCAUGUUCUCGCUGUUCGGGCUGAUCGGGGUGGCGUUCGUGGUGACGGGGAUCUGGUUCUUCUUCUGGGCCAAGAACGGCGGCUUCUACUUCCACGAGAAGGACUGGGACGACUACAAGUCGACGGUGCUGCGGCGGCGCGGCCCCAACGGCACGAUCCUGUCGGGCGCCACCGAGAGCACCGACCUCGGCGGCGGGAGCGUCUACAAGGACGUCGACGACGGGUCCACCGAGGUCAGCGGCAGCACGGGCGGCCUCACCAACAUCACGGGCGGCGUCAGCGACUUCGCCGGCAGGGAGAGGAAGCGGAAGAGGCGGGAGCAGAAGGAGCGCGAGAAGGAGCGGCGGCGGGAGGAGAGGUCGCGCGAGAAGGAGGAGCGCAAGCGCGGCGGCGGCAGUCGCAAGGUCGGGGCCGACGGGGUCCUCGUCGACGAUGAAGCCGAGGCCGAGGCCAAGGAGCACCUGCGCAGCUACCGGCACGAGAGGCCGGCGCGCGUGGGCGGGCUCAACAAGGAGAGCGAGGGCAGCGCGUGGGACGGGUCGACCAACCCCAGCCACUCGACGGCCAGCGGCUCGGGGGCCGGCACAGAGAGCACCGUCACGACGGAGCUGAUCAGCAACCGCGAGCGCACGCCCACCAGCACGCCGACCGGCACACCGACCAAGCGGCAGGGCGGCGGCAUCCGGAAGGUGUACUCGACGGCGGACAAGACGGCCAGCCGCGAGGCGGAGCGGGUCCGCGCCGAGGCCCGCAGGCUGCAGGAGAGAGGACGGGCGGCAGCCGGUGCGGCGCCGUCGUCAUCCCGCCGAGACUUCAGCUGGCAGCGGGCCGACGACAUGGGCUUGCGCCGCAUCGAGGAAGGGGCCAGCAGCGUUACCGGCGGCGGCGGCAGCAGCAGAGGGGAUCAGGAGUCCCACGUCCCCGGGGGCUGGGUGGGCAGCGACGUCGGCACGAACAGCGAGGCCGGCACCAAGGUCUACCGGCACUCGGUGCACGUGCCCGGCACGGCGACGAGCGACUUCGCGUACGCCGAGGAGAAGCGCAAGAGGCGCAACGGCGCGGGUCACCGCCGCGCCAGGGACGACGAUGGCCGUUGAGCUGCGACUGUCCGCCAAGGGGUUCGAGGCAUCGUUUCUGGGUCUCUUUGUUUCUUGUUUUCCUGGGGAUGCCGACACGAUGAGCUUGAAGCUCUACUGGGAUAGAGCAGGGUAUGGGAUGACGGGAUGAAGCCUUGGGAAUUUGGGCAAGUAUACGGCAGAACUGAUGCUGGAUGGAAUUGGACGUCUCUUACAGACCAUUUUCCGGCGUUGUUUGGGGAAUGUUGGGGCUUCUCAUUCCUUGUCCAGAGGUCAUCGUGUAUGGUAUUUACAUUUUAUACUGUAGAAUGAGCACAAAUUGAU